GAAAGAAGGAAUAAAGAGUAUAGAAGUGCGAGAGCGAGUGUCCAUUAUUCUUUUCGAUAAAUCUCCUUCAGUUUUUGUUUUCCAUUAUUUUGUCGCAAAAUAAUCAGAUUAAAUUCGGCCCAGCAUGUGUGAAACUGUGUAGAUUCGGUGCGGGAUACGUGCGAGAAUGAUGUGAACUAGCUAUACCGGCAUUUUUCCGUUUCGCUAUCGGUGCAAAACGCAGUCAAUAAAUCGGCGAGAGCAGCCCUACGCGAAAAGACGGACGGACCACGACCGACGGACGACGACAGGAUUCUACACACUUGCGACAAGAGGGAGAGCAAUGUGGAAGAACCAAGCCCACUUGUGCUUUCUAGUUGUUUGUAUUUACACCCUGGGCCACCGAAUAACCGAGACCGAUGCUACCGGCAGUGCAGCUGAACCGCGAUACUUUUUGGCUGGCAAAAAUGGCACCUUAUCCUGCAAGUUUAUGGGAGCGGAGAACCCGAUGUGGCAGAAGGAUGGGAAGAAUUUUACCGAGAGUAGCGCCAAGGUCUCCAUCAUGAUUGUCGACACUGAGGAAGACGUCGAAAAACUUUCGGGCGGCUCGGAUGGAGGCCCCCCACAGGACGAAACCACCGAAACGGCAGAAGUGGCCGCCAACUGGGCCAUCUCGACCAUAACCAUACACAACUUCUCGAAAUCCGACACGGGAAACUACACGUGUCACGGUGCAGACAGCAAAACCAUCGCCCGAUACACAACGCGAGAAGUGAUUCUACCAAAGAUUACCGCCUCAAGUCCGGAGCGGACAAAAUUCAAACAGCAGAACAAGGCCGAACUUUACUGCGUGAUACAGAUGUACCCAUUGGAGUAUUUUAAUAAUUCGAUACAAUGGUUCAAGGAAGACGAUACCACCGAGAAUAACUUUAUGAAAAAUACGAGCGUACGCGUACUGAAUGAAACGCAUGUUAAUGUAACAUUGACAGUAAAGGACGUAAGCAAAACACACAAUGGAACGUACUCUUGCAAUGUUGGUCCUUCGGCCAUGUUGGACGAAAGCUCAGCUACCGAUAAGAAAGCGAUGGCUUUACUCGUGCUCGAUAAACCACAGGUCUCAAUAGACUACGUAAAGGCGGUGGGUGCAACCAAAAUUUAUCUGAAUUGGACAGUCAACGAUGGAAAUGAUGCCAUUAAACAUUAUGUGGCACAGUCUAUGAAGAAAGAUGAUUCUACGUUUACGUAUUAUGCGAAUAGGAUCGAUGGCUCUAAUACCUCAUUUGUACUGCAAAAUUUUACACCUUCUACAGAUUACGUGAUCAAACUGACAUCAGUGAACGGACAAGGUAGUGGUCCUGCUUCACCGUCUGUCAAAGUUCGAACACUGGACAGCGAUCCCAAUUUCACUCCAAUCGUUGAAGUGAAGGGCAAUACGCAUUCGACGAUCACCAUUGGAUGGGCUCCACCACCGGCUGAACUUCUGGAAUACAUCCAAUACUACGACCUGACAGUUUCGCUUGCGGGCCAAAAUUCCCCUAAAUGGGAAACAUACUACGUACAAAAUAGCCGUAACCUUCCGUACAUGUUUGACAAUCUAGACACUGCCACGGAGUACAGUUUCCGUGUACGUGCCUGUAGUGAGUUGGCCAAAACUUGCGGCAACUGGUCUGAGGAAGUGAAUGGAACUACCAGUGAUGGCGUUUCGUCGGAACCAAUUAACCUCAAUAUCACUUGUUUACAUUAUAACAUCUCACGUCGAAACACUGUUCGAAUCCAUUGGAAUCCACCGAAGAAACCUAAUGGAAAGGUCAUAUCAUAUCAGGUCAUUCUGGAAGGCUUGUCAUUGUACCGUAGCGAGCACGGUAUACUGAAGAACGAGACCUGGGGUCCAAAGAUCAGGAACGUACAAUCUCAUUACACUAAAGCCGAAUACGACGGAAUACCACCCAACACUAAUUAUACCGUACGUGUAGCGGCCCUCACACGUACGAAGCGUCCAGGAGUGGUGACAAGUACUACAUGCACGAUGCCAGCCACCACUCCGGACAACAUUGGCCGGUUGAUGUGGGGAAAACUUCGCACCGAAGAUAAUCAGUGGAUUUUUAAACUGAUUCUACCGCGAAUUUCCGAACGGAAUGGGCCAAUAUGUUGCUACAAGGUCUACAUGACACGAUUGGGUCACAGAAACUAUUCGCUUCCCGAGCCAGAGAACAUCCAGGUGACAAACUACGCAGAAGUUCACUCAAUCAAUAACACUCGCGGGGGAACCUAUCUGGCGGAAGUGUUCACCACCUUGAACUACAGCUCGGAAGUAUUCCUCGGCGAUGGCCGAAAUAAUGAAUACCACAAUCCGGAAAUGUGCCCGCAGUGCUUGCACAAACGAUUACCUCCAGUGGAGAAACCCAGUGCCAUUAACAAAGACGACGAGGCACAGAAUGCCUCGGCGGCCACUACUGCAAACCCUGCAAUACGUACCGGCAACGAAGCCGUACCGGUUGAAGAUCAACUCAAAGUAUCUAGUCAUGACAAGCGAGAAGCCAACGGCUUCCACGAGCAUACCGUACCGCAGCUGGAAACCGCCUUUGAUGGCGUACUGGAUCCGUCCAGUAACUACACUGGCUUCGUGGAGGUUGUUGUGAGAACGGACGGUGAACAGGGGCCACGGUACAUCUCAACCUUUAGCGAGUUCUUCCAAGAAAUGAACGCGGGAGCCCCACCAGCCAGUGACCAGAAUGGGAAAGACCUCUCGUUCAUCCUCAACAUAGUUAUACAGAUUUUAUGUGGACUGAUACUGAUAGUUUUAAUAGUCCUAUUGACUCUCUGCCUCUUGCAUAAACAUUUCAGCAAAAAUAUCGCCCAGGAAGGCGAAGCCAUCAGUUUGGGAGACUCGUUAAGACGCGCUCUCUGUCACGGCCGCAAUGGCAACCCCCAUCAUCGACAUUUGCUUGGAACGAACAGUGCCAAGCCACCGGUGCUUCCUCCGAUAUCUAAGGAAGAUCUUGUCAAAGCUUACCUCGAGAAGCAUAAAGACUCCGAUUAUGGAUUCCAGCACGAGUUUGAACUGCUACCGGAUAAGUUUGCCGAUAGGACUACCAAGUAUUCUGACCUGAAGGAGAACAUUCACAAGAAUCGCUACCCGGACAUCAAAUCCUACGAUCAGACACGGGUCAAGCUGUCUACGAUGAAUGGACUGUGCGGAUCGGAUUAUAUCAAUGCAAACUUUGUCAUUGGUUAUAAGGAACGGAAAAAGUUUAUCUGUGCCCAGGGCCCAAUGGAUAGCACGAUCAACGACUUUUGGCGUAUGAUUUGGGAGCAGCAUCUGGAGAUUAUUGUCAUGUUGACCAAUUUGGAGGAGUACAAUAAGACCAAAUGCGCCAAAUACUGGCCGGAGAAUAUCAACGAUUCUACCCAGUAUGGAGAUAUACUUAUCACAUUCGCUUCGGACAGCUACUAUGCCGAUUACAUAGUCAGAAAUCUGAAGGUCACCAAACGUAGCGUCAAUUCAUCCGGCGAAGAUGUCGAAGAUACCCGUUACAUCUCUCAGUUCCAUUAUCUCACCUGGAAGGAUUUCAUGGCACCGGAACAUCCACAGGGUAUCACCAAGUUCAUCAAACGCAUCAACUCCGAAUACUCAUUGCAACGCGGUCCAAUCCUAGUACACUGUAGUGCCGGCGUUGGCAGAACUGGAACUUUUGUAGCACUAGACUCACUCAGUCAGCAGUUAAACGAGGAGGGCCAGGUGUUCAUCUUCAACACAAUUUGUGAUAUGCGAUAUCAAAGAAAUUUUCUCGUACAGUCAUUGAAACAAUACAUAUUUUUGUAUCGAGCCCUCACCGAACUAGCGUACUUUGGCGACACUGAGAUUGACCAAAAAUCGCUAGCCACAACCGUAGAAAAUCUCAAACAACCAUCGUCUGAGGAUCCUGAAAUCUGCAAGCUGGAAGCACAAUUUCAGCGAAUAAAAUCGUUCCAAGAGGACACACGCAAAACGACCGCCAUUGGCGGUUGCGAGGAGAACAAAGCGAAGAAUCGCUCCGAAACUUGUGUUCCGUACGACAAGAAUCGGGUGAUCCUCGCGCCCAUCCCUGGCCAUGACAAUUGCACCUAUAUUAAUGCGUCCUUCAUUGAUGGGUACGACGAUGAAAAUAAUUUCGUCAUCACACAGGAUCCAAUGGAGAAUACCAUUUUCGACUUCUGGCGGAUGAUCUUCGAACAACGGAUAAAAACAAUCGUCAUGUUCUCCGAGAUCGGUGAUGGUCCGAACAAAUGUCCUCGUUACUGGGCCGACGAGGAGAUGCAGUACGAGAAUCUACUCGUGACGUACAUCCAAAGCGAAAGUGGUCCCUACUACACCAAGCGGGAGUUUACGGUGACCAACUGUAAAACGAAAGACACCAUCCAGGUGACUCAGUUCCAGUACAACGGCUGGCCCACGGUGGAAGGUGAAGUACCGGAGGUCACCCGGGGCAUGAUCGAGAUAGUCAAUCAGGCACAGAAGCACAGCACCCAGCAGGAGGAUAUUUUCACCAUUGCUGUUCACUGCAGCUUGGGGACGGACAAAAGCUCCCUAUUCGUUGCCAUGUGCAUACUUGUGAUGCAACUCAAAACCGAGAAACGAAUCGACAUCUGUUCGAUAGUCAGAAAGCUUCGAGCACAACGUAGUUUAAUGAUAGAAACAUAUGCACAAUACGAAUUUCUGCAUAGAGCUAUUGUAAAUUUCGCUGAUUUAUACAAAAUCUCGCUAGGCAUAGCUUCCGACUGUUGAUAAGCUGAUUUAUAUAGUGAUAGCAAAAUAAUAAGGCAACGCAAAAUCCACGCUGAAUAAAAAAAAAACGUAUGUAUGUAUGAGCUCCGAAGCGGGAAUAUGCGAAAGAAGAAAAACAAAUUUAACAUUAAGCUAAUUUACUACGCGCCACAGAGUAGACCGGACACAAACCACUUCUGCACGCAGAUAAUUUUGCUUGCAAAUCGCAUUGGCAAAACAAGCAGAACUGCAUGCGCAACUUCCUGGCGAAAGCAUAGUGCUACAGCUGCUUCAAUUAUGCUAUAAACUUGUAUGUAAUUUUAGCCACUUUUUUAAGUAGUAUACAAGCAUGAUUUAUGUAAACAUUAUAUUCAAUCAAACAACAAAUGGAACGAACGACGAAUCAAAUGUCUGAGUCAGACAAUGAGAUUAGUGGAAGAGCAUUUAACGCAGGAGAUUUGUUUUUAUCUUUAUUACUUAGUUCAGCACAGCAAACGUUCAUUCAGGCGAAGAGGCAAACGUCCAGUAAAUCUUCCUUUUUGAAAGCCAUCUUUAGUUACUAAACACGAAAAGUCAUUUCCUAUUUAUAUAAAGGACACACUACAUUAUAAAUAGUCAUCAAAUAACUAAUAAAACUCAGAACUAGAGAGGAAAAGCAGGUACCUUUUAUACUAUCCCAGAGUGUAAUGAUGAAGGGAGAAUAGUUAGAAACCCAGAGAAAGAGAGAGAGAGAGAGGGCAAAGUUGUAGAAAGAAGCAGGAAAACAAAAGACAAAACAAAAAGGGUAAAGAACAAAACAAGAGUGUGUGAUCAAAAUAAAGAACUGCAGGAAGGAUAUUAAGGUAAUAACAAACACGAGAAAAUAAUGAAGAACAGUACGAGCCGAACGUUAGGAAUUAGUUAUUUUUCAUGUUGAAAAACAAAAGAAAUGCAUCAACCAAUUCAAUCACGAGAAAGUAAACAA